ACCGCACGACCGCAGCCCAGCAGCAGACAGAGCACCAACAACCCACCACCGACCACCAACCAACCAACCACCACCAUGUCGCUGAACUUGGAGAAGCAUCUGCAUCCGCAGAAGAAGAAGAACAAGCGGGAGAAGGUCUUCGUGGAGAUGAAAGACUCGAUGGACAAGCAGCGAUGGGAAAUCAACAAGCUUCUCGCUAACCCGGAUCGUGCCUUGAGAAGGAGUGAGAUUAAGGAAACAGAGGACGAGCUGCGUGAGCCACGCGUCAUGGAACGCAACUCCAACAUCUCCAGCUCCACGGCUGGUGCUGGGUCUGGCGAGUUUCACGUGUACAGACACAACAAGCGCCGCGAGCUGUCACGAUUGGAAUACAUUGAAGCAAAGAAGGCUGAGGAUGAGAAGGAGGAGCUUUUCAAACUGAAAAUGCAGGCAGCACAACAAGAGGCGAACGCCAAGACAUCCAAGAACAGGAAGAAGAGGCAACGUGCAAAGAUGCGCAAGAUGCAGGCGAAGAUGAAGGAGGAGGAAGAUAAGGAGAAGGAGAAGGCGCGGAGAGCAGAGGCAACAAAGAGCAUGAGCAAGCAGAAGAAAGGCGGCAACACCGACAAGAAGGACGACACGACGUCAUCAUCAACGUCGUCGUCGGCAUCGAAGGGUGCAGAUAAAGCGGACGCGGGCGAGCGGGCGAGUGGUGAUGGCGAUGCGCCCGCGAAGAAGGCAAAACAAGGCGGUGAUGAUGAUGAGGAGCAAUGAGGGCUAGGCAUCAAUGGUGAAGUAACGCUUGGCCUUGUGCGUGUGUACCCUGUUGUUGUUGUUGUUGUUGUUGUUGUUGUUGUUGGGUUAGUGUGGAAUGCUCUCAUGUGUUUUGUGUUGUGUUGUGUCUCGCGCUCGCUCGAUUGCUUGCUGCCGUUCGUGGUCAUUCAAUUCGAUUAGUAAACGAUGAAGGACGCAG